UGGUGGAUUGGAUCAAACUUGUCCAUGUUGUCUACCCUACGAUUGCGAUCCAACUUGUUAAGUGGACAUAUCCCCCACCAGCUGUGCUAUCUUCCCUACCUUCACAUCCUAGACCUUGGUGAUAACAACUUUUCAGGGACAAUUCCCAAGUGUUUGAAGAAUUUGACUGCUCUGACCGUUUUUCCAUACAAUAAUUAUACCAUGCCUACAUAUUAUGAUGUUCAAACCUCAGUUGUGUCGAAAGGAAGUGAACUCGUUUAUUACAGGACAGCUUUGGAAUGGGUAUAUAGCGUUGAUCUUUCAUCAAAUAAUUUAGAAGGUGAAAUCCCUGAAGAAAUAACCAGCCUCAUGUCAUUAGGGACCUUGAACUUGUCAAGAAAUCAAUUAAGAGGAAGAAUUCCCCAAAAGAUUGGAAAUUUACGAUGGUUGGAAACUCUUGACCUCUCACACAAUCACCUUUGUGGACAAAUUCCUCAGAGUUUCUCCUCAUUGACAUUCUUGUCUCACGUGAACUUGUCUUAUAACAACUUGACUGGAAGAAUUCCUUGGGGCAACCAACUCCAGACGCUCAAUGACUCAUCCAUUUAUGGGGGCAAUCCAUCACUCUGCGGCCUUCCUCUUUUAACCAAGUGUCCGGGAGACGACACACCUAAUAGACUACCUUUUCCUUCUAGUGGGGCAGGAGAAAACAAAGAUGAAGGUGAUGAAGGAAUGCUUUGGUUCUAUGUCAGCAUCAUGCUUGGCUUCAUUGUAGGCUUCUGGGGUGUUUGUGGCACGUUACUCAUAAAGAAGUCAUGGAGGUAUGCCUAUUUUCGAUUCUUUGAUAACAUCAAAGAUAAGGUAGCGUUAGCAAUUGCAUUGAAAGUUAGUCAUUUGCAAAACAAAUUUUGAUUGGGAAAAAAGCAUUUCAUUGAAGCUUAAACACUUUGAGAAAUUUGGUGAAUUCAUAUAGU